AUGAAGUUUGCUGACAGAAUUGAAUCAUUUGAAUCAACGAAAUGGGGCGGAAAGUUUAUUAAUUAUCGAGCCCAUGCACGGAACUUGAAUCUUUGUUACUCCGAAUUCUUGAGUUCAAUUGGGAAAGAAUCUAAUUUAGCUACAUUAAAAGGAUCGACAAAUCACAUUGAAGUUCCAUAUAAGUCACUUAACAAAGAUGUAUAUGAGUGUUUUAUUCCAAAAUUGGAGCAAUUUCAUCACUCAUUAAAGAAAAAUAUAGAUAUUGUUAUAUCAAAUUAUAAUAGAGUGUUACAAGAUAAUAGCGAUCAUUUAGAGUGCAUUUCUAACUUGCUGGAAGAUAAUUCAGCACAAAUUAACUCCAAACUACAUUUACCAAACCUAAUAUUGGAGAUAUGGAAAACAUUUGAUGAUUUGCAAGAAUAUAUCGCAGUAAAUAAACUAGCUGUUAUGAAACUUUGUUUGAGGCGUGACGAAUUGUUUGAGUUUUAUUUAGACGGCAUACCGAGCAAUGAUUCGCUAAUUUCUUGUUUUGAGGAGCUAAGAAAUGGCUUGGUUUCACGAGGGAAAUUAAUCAGGCUAUAUUCCAAAUCAAAAGAGCUUAUUGAAAAUUCAUCGGAGGGCGAUUCAAUCAAGAACAACUCACAUAAAGAACAGCCAAACACAAAUAUUGUUUUUAAUAAGAUUGGUGUUCAAGAAUUUGAUUUUUUAUAUAAAUCUUCAGUCUUUGAACUUGAGGCAUUAAUGGAAUAUGGAUUAAAAUCUGGAAAAAUGAUUGGUAAACCUUUAUUUAAUCCUGAUUUUACUAUGUCAUUUUUAAUUGGCAUUUGCAUUGUACUACUUUUUAAUUUAUUUGUUAUCUGCCGUCUUCCAAUAAUAAACAGUGAAUACAGCAUACAAGGAACACUUGCAUUAUUCCCGUUGUUCAGACUUGUAUUGAUGGGUAUUUUUGUAAUGUGGGGUUCUGGUAUUUCCAUCAGUAUUAUGGAGUAUUAUGGUGUGAAUUACAAGUAUAUGACUGGUAUGGACCCUAACAGUAGAAUCACCGCUACUACAAUAUUUUCUUUUGCAGCACUGCAAACGAUUGUUUGGAUUAUUAUCUUCACUCUAUUUAUUACUGAUUAUCGUUUAGGAAUUUCUUUGUUUAGCUACUUUAAUAUUGAACACUAUCCACUGUGGAUUUACCCAGCACUUUUAAUGGUGAUAGAACUUUUGCUUCUAUUUAUUCCAAGUAAAACGUUUACAUAUGAGUACAGAAAAGCCAUAUUUCAUUCAAUAUUAGAAGUUUUUAGUCAUGGGGUUGUACCGAAAGUUGUUAACGUUACCCUCAGAGCUAAUAUUAUUGGCGAUAUUUUUACGACACUUUCAAAGCCAUUUGGUGAUAUAGAAUACACUAUUACAUUUUUCGUAUUUGUAAUUAAAAAUAAAGGUGAUGUAUUACCAACUUUGCUCUUUAACUUCUUGUCAAAUUAUAGAUGGAUGCAAACUAUUGCAUUAGCCCUUCCAUACGAAAUCCGGUUUUUCCAAUGUGGAAUGAGAUAUUUAACUGAUGAAUCACCGAGUAGAAGGAACCACCUCUACAAUAUGGGCAAAUACACAACCGGUUUGGCUAUUGCUAUUGUCGCCACCGUUCCAUGGACAACUAUGACGUCAAUGUCUCCUUUCACAGCUAGACUUUUAUGGUUUACCUGUUAUAUCGUUGGUACGAUUUACAUGUUUAUUUGGGACAUUUAUAUGGAUUGGGGCUUAAUGCAAGAGAAGACUUCGUUUCUUCGCUCAAAAUCAAUCUACCCAAGCUGGUACUACUUUUUGGUUGCAUUUUACAACUUGAUUGGUCGAUUAACCUGGGCGAUUACACUAAUCCCUAUCACAAUUAUUGACGAUAUUCAAAUAAAUGCUGCAUUAAUUAAUUUAUGUGUGGCCACGAUUGAGGUUUUUAGAAGAGCACUUUGGUGUACGAUCAGACUUGAGUGGGAGCAAGUACAUUUAAACUCUAAACAACCUGCAAACUUGUGGGUAACUUCGAAUAGGAACAAAUUGUCGUAUUAG